AUGAAGCAGACCUUCCUGGACCAUUUCAUGAUCCAGACUGAUCGCCUGUACACCGCAGACAACUUGUACAUGCUUCAGCAGGGUAAGGAUGAACCCCUCAGGGAGUAUGCAGCCCACUUUAGCCACGAAUACUCUCGUUGCCCAGAGAUUGACGAUCGCGCUGCCUUCGAUGCUUUUAAGAGUGGCAUCCGCGAGUCCAACUUCCGGUACAUGGUCCACAGCAACCCUUGGAACACAUAUGCUGAGCUAAUGAAGCAACCAACAGUUCACACCAAGGCUGAAUACUUCAAUUCCAAGCGUGGCUCAGCCACCUUUGCACGCAACACCUUUGGUGAUCCUUUACCUACUUCAGUACCCACCCCGGCCCUACCUCAACAUUCUGCCCAGCCACCAAGUACCUAG